UCAGUGCUCUUAAAGGAGCAAAAGCCGAUGCAGCUACGUCAGUACGUGACAGUACGUGUGCCUUGCAAAGUGACAUGCUGGCCAUCUAAUUUACCUCUGUGCUUCGGCUUCCACUCAGAAAUGUAAACAGAAGAACUAGUGAUAAAUGCGCUCAUUUUUGUCAACAGUUACCUAAUAUUCCGUAAAAAUUAUAACGUAAAGAAUGAUUUUGUCCCAAUCGGUGAAACCCUUACUGCUAAAAGCUCUUCCUUCUGCAAGAUGGAUGAGUGGCAUCUCUGGAUUGCUAGAUGUUGUCAUGAAAGAUGGUGUGCGUGUUAUUACUAUGACUGACAUAAGGACCAGGAACUCGCUAUCAAUGAAAAUGUUGGAGGCGCUCAACUCGGCUGUUGCAGAUGACAGCUCAUUGCGUUGCAUUCUGCUGCGGGCAGAAGGCAAUGUCUUCUCUGCUGGUCAUAAUCUCAAAGAAAUACACAGUGGCAACAUUGAGUCCCACCGAGCUGUGUUUGAGUCAUGCAACCGCUUGAUGCUACGGCUGCGUUCACUGCCUGUACCAGUGAUAGCUCAGGUGGAUGGCAUUGCUGCUGCUGCAGGAUGCCAGCUAGUAGCUGCUUGUGACAUUGUUGUUGCCAGUGAUACAUCGUCCUUUUCUACUCCUGGCGGGAGUGUUGGCAUCUUCUGCUCCACCCCUGGUGUCCCGCUAGUGCGUAACGUGCCAAGGAAACUGUCAUCGUACAUGCUCCUCACAGGAUCCCCCAUCUCCGCACAAACUGCAUUCACAGCAGGACUUGUGUCCCUUGUUGUACCUAAGGAUAAACUAGAAGAGGAGACGCAAUGCGUGGUCGAAAGUAUAGUGAGCAAAAGCAGGGCAGUCUUGGCACUUGGCAAGCGAUUCAUGUACCAGCAAGCAGAACUCACUGAAGAAAAUGCUUACAAGGCAGGAGCUGAUGUAAUGGUGAACAACAUAAACAUGGCAGAUGGUCAAGAAGGCAUCUGUAGUUUUGUCGAGAAGAGGAAGCCCCAUUGGACGCACGAAGAUUAGGAAUUCAUCACGUGAACGAGCAUGCAGAUUCAAUGUUGGUAGCUCUUAGAGUGUUCUUCACGAUGACGGUAACUGACUGAAUUGACUGUCGAACCGAUGCUAUUUCUUUCAUACAUUUUAUUUCAUGAAAAUGAAUUCUUGUUGCCAAUUGCACAUUUGACUUUUAUCAUAUUAUGAGUGUGUAAAGAUAGAUCAAAUGAUACAGAAAAACCAAUAUGAAUAUAUAUUAUCAUACACGAUAUUUUAUAAUGUAUACAAGAGGGAUUUGAAUAAAUUGAAAUACUGAUCUACUCUUAUUAUUGGGCUCAUUUUUCAUCCAAGUUGACGUCCUUACUUGGUCCUAAAAGCUUAAUAUCUUCGCUCGGCACUGAGAUCUUCUCUUCUAAUUGUUUUUUGUAAACUAUUCUUUGUUCUUCUUGAUAAUCUUGCAGACUGAGAAGGUUGACAUGUUCAUGCUCCAUUUUCGUUAUGAACGGUUUGCACACCGCUAUAUUGUUGAUUAUGUGCUCUGCAAACCACUGUUUACGGAUUAAUGCGAGGUCUAGGGUGAACGAGCCUUGUCGAAUGCAUCUAAUCUGCAGGGUGUGUGCUGUGCUCCGCGCCAUCAGCCCGAUGUCGUUGAUGAGGUUCAGCAGGUAAUCAGCGUGAAUGUUCACGCCAGUCACUUCUGCACAAAAAAUUAUUUUUGAUCUUCCGAAAUGGAUGCCUGGAUCAAGUUGUCUCGCAUUAUUUGAUACAUAUUCCGUAUCGGUUUCUAUAACAAUCAGAGAAGCUUGCUAUUAUUCGAUCUGAAUAUUUUAUAAGAACGUUAUUUCCGUUAUGUUCAUUUAAUCUAGAAGUUUUCUAACCAAUUGAAAAGUGCGGUCGUUUGAAUUCGAUCAAUUUUAUUCCAUAAAGAACCACUUCUUGAACUGCGUUAGGUCGAACCAGCCCUUUAGAUAGCACUUCAUACGCGGCCUGGAAAUGAGAAAAUUCAUGUGACGUUACGAAAGAAGAAAACCGGUUAAUCUUACGAACGAAUUUAUGAAUGAAUUAUUAUUAAUCAUGACGUUCUGAUAAAAAUGAAAGAUAGCCUUGAAUCGGAAUUUUUCGUUCAUUAUUCUAAAAUAGUCACAGAAUAAAAAAACGCGAUUAGGUGUUAACCGUAAACCGUGCACGUUUAAGCUUAAUUUAUUGCCUGAGAGUUUGGGAGCAAACCAAGUUGGUCGAUAAGUCUUCUCUGGUUGUGACUCUGAAUUUUCAUUAGCACGCGCUCCAAUCUGCUCGCCGUCACGUGGUCGUACGUCGUUCUUUCAACUGCGUUACCUGGUAAAAAGAUAAUUUCUAUAAUAAGUAGAUGUAAGUCUCAUUUAACUUGUGAAUAAGUUAGAAUGUAACAUCUUGCAGUGAU